UUUUUUAAACAUUCUCUUUGUUAUUCAUGUUUUCAAGUUAGAUAUAUAUAUUUUUGUUCUGUUCUGCUGCUAAACUCUUCAUUAUCAGUUAAGCUGUAUGUAACAAGAAAAGCUAUUGAAAAGAGAACAUGGCCACAGGGAAGUAUUCCAGAGUUGAUGGGAGGAAGUCGUCAAGUUACUGUUCGACAACUACUAUAGUUGUGUUUGUUGCUUUAUGUUUAGUUGGGAUUUGGAUGUUCAUGUCCUCAUCAUUUGUUCCAUUUCAGAAUUCAGAAUUGUCAUCUCAGGAAACCAGAAAUGAGGUGAAACAAACAGUGCCAAACAGUGUUUCUAAACAAUUUGAUGAUACCUCUGGUGAUCUAUCCGAGGAUGCAACAAGGGAAGAUGGCACUGGUAUGCCCAGUAAAGAAUCUGGGAAUACUGAUGAGGAUAAUUCAAGGGAGAACUUAGUGCUUGAGAGUAAUAAUGAGAGCAAGGAGUUUCAAAAUUCAGCUGAGGAAAACCAGGAAGAAAAUCAUGCAAAUGAGAGUUCUGAUGAGAAAACUGAGUCAGAAAAUGGACAAAAAUCAGUGGAUAAAGAUGAGGGGAAUGGAAAUGGGAAAGACGGGGAAACAAAUUCAAGAGAGGGAGAGUCAAAUUUAGAAACCGGAGAAGCAGAGAAUGAAGGUCGUGAAAUGAAUAAAAAUGUGCAGGCAGAAUCAGAGGAGAGCUCAGGUGAAAUCAAACCAAAGUCAGCUGAGGGUGAGAAGAACUAUGAGGAAGAAGCAAGUGCAGAUAAAGUAAAACAGGUUGACAAAGAGGCUAUUUUGACCGAGGAGAAGAACGACAACAAUCAAGAUGAGCAUACUGCUGUCAAGAAUAGUGUGGAAAGUGAGGAAAACAACCAAGCUUCAAAUGAGCUUCUCCCUGCUGGUGCUCAGUCAGAAAUUUUGACCGAGUCUACCACUCAGAAUGGAGCUUGGUCAACUCAAGCAGAAGAAUCACAGAAUGAGAAGAAAUCACAACAAUCUUCAAUAUUCAAUGAAAAAAAUGGUUCCCAUUGGAAACUCUGUAAGUCAACUGCUGGAACAGACUACAUACCUUGCCUAGACAAUUGGCAAGUUAUCAGAAAGCUUCCAAGCACAAAACACUAUGAACAUCGAGAGAGGCACUGUCCUGAUGAAGCUCCUACAUGUCUUGUCCCUCUACCUGAAGGAUAUAAGCGCUCAAUAAAGUGGCCUAAAAGCAGGGAUAAAAUAUGGUACUACAAUGUUCCCCACACCAAGCUUGCAGAGGUUAAGGGGCACCAAAAUUGGGUAAAAGUAACUGGUGAAUACCUUACCUUUCCUGGUGGUGGAACUCAGUUUAAGAAUGGUGCUCUUCAUUACAUUGAUUUUAUUCAACAAUCUGUUCCUGAAAUUGCAUGGGGAAAAAAAACUCGUGUGAUAUUGGAUGUUGGGUGUGGGGUGGCUAGCUUUGGAGGCUAUCUUUUUGAAAGGGAUGUUCUUGCAAUGUCGUUUGCUCCUAAGGAUGAGCAUGAAGCCCAAGUGCAGUUUGCACUUGAACGGGGAAUUCCUGCCAUAUUAAAUGUGAUGGGCACCAAAAGGCUACCUUUUCCUAGUUCUGUGUUCGAUCUUGUGCACUGUGCACGUUGCAGGGUCCCCUGGCACAUUGAAGGUGGCAAACUUCUGUUAGAGCUCAACCGUGUCCUGCGGCCUGGUGGUUACUUUGUUUGGUCUGCUACUCCAGUUUACCAGAAACUCCCUGAAGAUGUUGGCAUUUGGCUAGAGAUGUCUCGGCUAACAAAGUCAAUGUGCUGGGAUCUGGUGACCAUUAAAAAGGAUAGAUUGAAUGCUGUUGGAGCUGCUAUAUAUCGAAAGCCAACUUCCAAUGAUUGCUACAAUAAAAGAUCUAGAAAUGUACCUCCACUUUGUGAAGAAUCUGAUGAUCCCAACGCAGCUUGGAAUGUACCUCUUCAGGCAUGCAUGCACAAAGUGCCAGUAGAUUCAACAGAGCGUGGAUCCAAUUGGCCUGCACAAUGGCCUGAACGGUUAGAACAACCUCCAUAUUGGUUGAAUUCUCAGGUUGGCGUUUAUGGUAAAGCUGCUCUGGAGGAUUUCACUGCAGACUACAAUCACUGGAAAGCAGUUGUCUCCCAGUCAUAUUUGAAUGGGAUGGGAAUAAACUGGUCUUCUUUGAGAAAUGUCAUGGAUAUGAAAGCUGUUUAUGGAGGGUUUGCUGCGGCCCUGAAAGACUUGAAAGUAUGGGUCAUGAAUGUAGUUCCAAUCGACUCUCCUGAUACGCUUCCAAUAAUCUAUGAACGUGGCUUGUUUGGAAUACAUCAUGAUUGGUGUGAAUCGUUUAAUACAUACCCCAGAACAUAUGAUGUUCUUCAUGCUGAUUAUCUCUUCUCUAGUAUCAAAAAGAGGUGCAAGUUGGUUACAGUAAUUGCGGAGGUUGAUCGAAUUCUGAGGCCAGAAGGAAAGCUGAUCGUACAAGACAAUGCUGAAACCAUAAGCGAGGUAGAGAGCAUGGCUAAAUCUCUACAAUGGGAGAUCCGAAUGAUUUAUUCAAAAGAAAACGAGGGAUUGCUUUGUAUUCGCAAGACAUUUUGGCGUCCCACCGAGGAAGAACCUAUAAAGUCUGCCAUUGUUUGAACAUGAUACUUCCAUUCUUUUUAUUCCAUAAGCAUGUUGUAGUUUACCAUAGAUCUAGUCAUCCAUUUGCAAGUGUAAAAUUAUAUAGUUGAUUAUAUUUUGGACCUACUUAUAUCAAUUACAUUUUUCCCUUAUUGAAUUAAAAUGGGUAUUUUCAUUACUAUGAAUCUCAAUGAAACACAAAUCCAUUCUUGAUGUUUAGUUCUACCGUUAGUUGCAUGUGUAUAAUAGUAUGUUUUCACGUAUGUCUCAUUUGUAAAAAAUUAUGCGACCAUUUUGUAAAUUUUAACAAAUUAGCUAGGCUAGCCUUG